UGAAUAUAUUGAAAUAUUCAAGAUGAUUAGCAACAGCACCAGCAAUGCUGAAAUUAGCUGCAAUUUCCUUAAUGCGACAUUUCAAUAUUCACUCUAUGCAACCACUUAUAUCCUCAUAUUCAUCCCUGGUCUUCUGGCCAACAGUGUGGCUUUGUGGGUUCUGUACCGCUUCAUCAGCAAGAAAAAUAAGGCCAUCAUUUUCAUGAUCAAUCUCUCUGUAGCUGAUCUUGCUCAUGUCCUGUCCUUGCCCCUCCGAAUUUACUAUUACAUCACCCACCACUGGCCUUUCCAAAGAGCCCUUUGUUUGCUGUGUUUCUACCUGAAGUAUCUCAACAUGUAUGCCAGCAUUUGCUUCCUCACGUGCAUCAGUCUCCAGAGGUGUUUCUUUCUCCUGAAGCCCUUCAAGGCCAGAGACUGGAAGCGUAGGUAUGACGUGGGCAUUAGUGCUGCCAUCUGGGUCAUUGUGGGAACUGCUUGUUUGCCAUUUCCUAUUCUGAGAAAUUCUGACUUAACCAACAAAUCUGACUACUGCUUUGCUGAUCUUGGUUACCAGAAAAUGAAUGCAGUGGCUUUAGUCGGAAUGAUUACAGUUGCUGAACUGGCAGGAUUUGUAAUCCCAGUUGUCAUCAUUGCAUGGUGUACCUGGAAAACAACUAUAUCCUUGAGACAGCCACCAGUAGCUUUCCAAGGAAUCAGUGAAAGGCAGAAAGCUCUACGGAUGGUUUUCACGUGUGCUGCAGUCUUCUUCAUCUGCUUCACUCCAUAUCAUAUUAACUUUAUUUUUUACACCAUGGUAAAGGAAAGCAUCAUUAGCAGUUGUUUUAUUGUUCAAAGUACACAGUAUUUCCAUCCAUUUUGUCUGUGUCUUGCAAGUCUAUGCUGUCUUUUAGAUCCAAUUCUCUAUUACUUUAUGGCCUCAGAAUUUCGUGACCAACUAUUCCUCCAUGGCAGCUCUGUGAUACGCUCCCGCCUCAUGAGCAGAGAGAGUGGUUCAUCAAUGAUUAACUAA